UCCGUGUUUUUGUCGAGCGUCGAAAAAGGAGUUGGUCUCCGGCACUCAGGACGGUGAAAGAGGCGGCGCGGCGCUCGGUCCCCGCCGGUGCGGGCCAUCUCCCCUGCGGCGUGCGGUCAUCCCGGGCGCGGGUGCCAUGCUCUCGGGUCCCCAUGAGCUCGACUAUGUGGUACAUCAUGCAGAGCAUCCAGAGCAAGUACUCUUUGUCGGAGAGACUAAUCCGCACCAUCGCGGCCAUCCGCUCCUUCCCGCACGACAACGUGGAGGACCUCAUAAGGAGGGGUGCCGAUGUGAACAGAAUGCAUGGCACGUUGAAGCCCCUGCACUGUGCCUGUAUGGUAGCUGAUGCAGAUUGUGUGGAGCUGCUGCUGGAGAAGGGAGCAGAGGUGAACGCGCUGGACGGCUACAACCGCACAGCACUGCACUACGCAGCUGAGAAGGACGAGGGCUGCGUGGAGCUGCUGCUGGAGUACGGAGCCCAUCCGGAUGCCCUCGACGGCAACCGAGAUACACCGCUGCACUGGGCUGCCUUCAAGGACAACCCCGAGUGUGUGAGAGCGCUGCUGGAAAGCGGGGCCUGCCCCAACACCCGGGACUACAACAACGACACCCCUCUUAGUUGGGCCGCAAUGAAAGGCAACCUGGAGAGCGUCCGAGUUCUUUUGGAGUACGGGGCCGAAGUUCACGUAACCAAUCUCAAGGGCCAGACGCCCAUCUCCCGGCUGGUGGCCCUGUUGGCGCGGGGCUUGGGGGCUGACCAGGAGGAGGAGUGCCUGGAGCUCCUCUGCCGAGCUGCGGGGAAGUUCGAGAUCCGCAGAGCCGAUGGCUCCUUGCCUAGAGAGCUUAGCAGAGACCCCCAGUUACUGGCUCGUUUAACCACUAUGGUGGCACAGCCUCCAUCGCUCCGUGCCUUGGCUCGGUGUGCUAUCCGACACAGCAUGGGGGUGCAGUUUCUCCCCACGGCUGUACAAACGCUACCACUACCUGAAUCUGUCAAGGAGUACAUAUUGCUGAGAGACUGAGAGCGUGCUGGGUGGGAUGGGGGGGAGGGUAGAAAGAUGGGGAGCGCAUCUCAAGGGACUGGGGCCAAUGGGGGGAUGUCCAUGUAAGUUGUGUGGAUACGGAUAUAUCUGUGAUCAUGCGCGACAAUGAUUUAGCUUUGUUUUUCUAACAUUUGCCCUCAAGCCUGAUUUGACAGAUGUGGUUUUGUGAAACAUAAGCAUUGCUUAAGUCUGCAUUAGUAAAAUGUACAUCCUGCUAAUAUGGUUUGUACCUCGCUGAAGUUUUAAAGCAACAGUGUUCAGUCUUGGUCCUGAUGCCACACCUUUCAUGCUCAUUUUGUUCAUCGGUCUUGCUUUGAGUUUUCCAUCGAGCAAAUGGCAGAAUUCAAGUCAUGUUGAAUUGAAUGUGUUAACUAAGGACUUUGUUUUUGAUGACAUGUUGUGGAAUGAGUUUAGAGGAUUUUGGAAGACUGUUGCAUGUUUGUUUGCUCUAAUAACAUAUACCCAUUAUUUGAUACUUUUUAAAAAAAAAAAAAAAUAAAAGAUCACUCAAUUUUAGGAAUCAUUCACCUCAAUUAUGAAAGACCUGAAAGUAGGAUUUUUUGUAAGUAUUCAUUAAAAUCAUAAACUGUUGUUCAGUUUUUGUUUUUUUAUAGUGUAACACAUUUAUUUUCAUUGCAACUAAUCAUUCACUGUUACAAACUACUGCAAGUGCUCAGCUAACAUGUUCAGUUUAAUAUGGAUUCAGCCAUGCAGUUCUUUCUGGGAACAGCUCAUUUCAUUUAAUUGAAUGAAUUGAAUUUUGUCUGCAAACAGCACGCACAGUGGGGUACCAGGAUCAGGACCAAAAGCUGCUGUUCUGAACUAAUCAAUAUUCAUAUUAGUUCUUAGGAGUACAAAGCACAGAGCUACUUGUGACACUUGUUUAUGCACUAAGAGCAUUACCAGCUUUAUUUAAUCUAUCACACCUGGGGUAUAAUUUGAUAUUUUGAGAUUUCUGGACUUAGGCUUCCUUACAGUAUUUUGGAUGUUAAGAAACACUCGUCAGUAUGGGGAAGAUGGGCUAAAAUGAGCCAAUAAAAGUGUAAUUAUUAAAUAUGUCUGAGCUGGCGUUGACCUCCCCCCCAAGAGAUGGGAUGGUUUAUUAAUUGCUAUAUUGUGGCUGUUGUUCAUCUUUGUAUGGUGGCUUUUGUGUUUGUGUGUAAAUGUAACUCUGUAUCUGCUCUCUUGAUUCUGCAGCUGACCAAAAGUGCAUUCUCUGCUUCUAGCUACCCAGUAAAAUUAAUAAAAGUCAAAG